UGUGUGUGUAACCUGUGAAUGUUUCGGUUUGGGGAAAAGCAAGCAUUUACUGUACUAUUGUCCGCAGCAUCCGUAGAAUCCGGAUCAAUUGACAUCAUCCGCAUACUACACCGAGUGCUGGUGAAUUGUGCGAUUACGGCGAACGUCGACCGAACGAAAACAUGUACGCCGUGACGAUUCUGUGCUGGGCUGGGUGUUGGUGGUCGUUGGGAGACGCCUUUGCCGUGUCACCAUUGUUCCACCCGCUUUUUGUUGUGAGGAAUAACCGUCCAGCGUCGUGGUCCUACACUACCGAGUUGUCUUUGGCCAAAGGCAACAAGCGGUCCAACGAGCCGCGUUUCGAGUCUCAAGCUCCGAAUCGCACCGUGUUGGAGACAGUCAAGGGUAACCAGUCAGACUCGUCAACGUUAGAGUCAACAUCACCAAGAGACGCCGAGGCAACAAAAAAUACCACUGCGUCUGUGAGAUCCAUCCCGGAAAACACUCCCAACGCGACCGUAGCUGUCUCGUCAUCCCCACCACCACCACUACGAAAGAUCGAAAGCUCCCCGUCACCGACCAUUCCACCACCCCGUGUCAGCAGCCACAAGCCGACGAACGUGGCAAAGAACUGGUUGUACUUGCAGUCCAUAGGCGCCAUUACGGGUCGUGGCGAGUUCGCGUCCGCGUCACAAAAAGAGUCCGUCCGUACCGUGGUGGCGGCGCUCGAAGCCGUCAAUCCCACCCCAGAACCCGCCGCCUCCCCACACUUACUCGGUCGAUGGGAACUCGUCUUUACCGACACGCAUCUGUUUCGGAGUUCCCCCUUCUUCAUGGCGGCCCGGGCCGUUUGCGUCACGGACGACGCCGUCCAACAAUUUCACUGGUUCUGCGACAUGCACCGCCGGGCUCUCGCCAUUAGCAAUAUCAGGGCCGUCCGUCAAAUUAUUGGUCCAACCCGUUUGACUUCGGAAUUCGAAGUCCGAGCCGGUGCCGUACCCUUUCUCCACGACUUUACCCCCUGGGCCUAUUCCGGAGGUUGGCCGAUCACCAUUGACGGUUCCAUUGUCAGUACGGCCGAUUGGCGACUAACGACCAACGCGACGGCGGCAUCGUCGUCCAGCAACGAGACGAACAACGCUAUGGAAUUCUACAUGGACACGGUACAAAUCAAGGGUUCCAACCUGCCCGGCCUCCGACAGAUCCUCGAUACGGGUAACGUGCAACUCCAAUCACGGGAACUGGCCCGCUGGCUGGAGAACACCGUGGCGUCCUAUCAUACCCCGCGACCCGUGUUUGCGACGACUUAUUUGGACGAAACCUUACGGAUCAGUCGAGACGUGGAUGGACACGUUUUCGUCUACGUCAAAACGUCCGACGAUACCACACCGACCGAUUACAGCCCGAUUGACGCCGACCUCGGCGUAGGACGGUUGUUGGAAGGCUUCAACGAUGCCGUUACCAAGUUUUACCUGUAACGUGACGUAACGUAGCGCGGUAGAGUGUAGGACAGGAUAGUGUAGCCGCACGGGAUGUUACCCAAGCCGAUCUUUGGCGCCAUUCGACCGAGCGUCGAGAGCUACUACCACAGGAAAUGCGGGCACUUUGGGAGAUAACCAGACAGUUAGCUAUACACCCGCCGUGGUUUGUCGACAAGCGCAAUCCAUAUUCCUUCGAUUUGUGGCAUUUCCG